AUGCCGAAAAAUAAAGGAAAGGGAGGUAAAAACAGGAGAAGAGGGAAGAAUGAAAAUGAGUCUGAAAAAAGAGAAUUAAUUUUCAAGGAAGAUGGCCAAGAGUAUGCACAAGUAGUUAAAAUGCUCGGCAAUGGUCGUCUGGAAGCUCAAUGUUUCGAUGGGGAGAAGCGAUUAGCACAUAUCCGUGGAAAACUACGGAAAAAGGUUUGGAUUAAUCAAGGUGAUAUUAUACUUAUUUCACUGCGUGACUAUCAAGAUGCCAAAGCCGAUGUCAUUCUAAAAUAUACUACUGAGGAGGCUAGAAAUCUUAAAGCAUACGGUGAAUUACCAGAGAAUGCCAAAAUCAAUGAAACAGAUACUUUUGGCCCCGAAGACGAAGAUUGUCCGUUUGACUUUGAAAUCGACGAU